GUUUCCUCUGAAGGGGGUCUGGUCUGGACUGAGAUCUGGAGUUUGGACAUCCGGUUGAAGCUCGACUCCUUUUUUAUUUCUCAUCUGUAACCGGUGACCUCUGACCCCCCUCACUGUCUGUGGUCUUAAACACACCAUGAUCAUCAACCAACAAAGAAGAAGAAGAGGAGGACAGUCCGAGCGCUCAUCAGGAAUCAACCCUCGUCAGAUCACGUGUGUGCGGCGCAGUUUGAGGGAGGAGUCAACGACGGAGCGCCUUUAAAUGAAAAAGACAGGAUAUAUAAAUGAGAGAGAGAGAGAGAAGGAGAGGUGUUUCAAAGUCAAGAGGAGGAGAGGAAGACGGAGGAAACUGAGGAGGAGAAAAAAACUUGAGAAUCACAGGAUGAAAAUUUAAGAAAAAAGGAGGACGAGAGAAAAAGAGGAAAAAACUGUUCAGAUGGAGAGAAAGAAAGAGAAGAUCUGACUGAAGAGGAAGAGGAAGAAGAGACGGUUGGUUUUAUUUUCUGCUGAAUGUAUCAGGUCAGUUUGAUUUAAUUAAUACGAACAAAAUCAGACUUUAAAAUUUUCAUUUUUCAGAUUUUAAUCAUCUUAAAAAAAAGAAACAGAAAACUAGAAAAUCCAUCCGUCUGUGUUUCAGAAGUCAAUGUUUUUAUUGAAAUUAAAAUUAUUUUUUUCAAUAUUUUCAUAUAAAAGACAGAAAUGACCAUCCCUGUAUAUCUACCAGCAAUGAUCAAUAUUUAUUAUUGAUAAAGUGAAAUCAGAGCUCUGUGCUUCAUCAGGACUCUGAUCUUUAUUUCAUAUCAUAUUAGUGUGUUUUAAUAAAAAAAAUCAUGAAGUGAAUAAAUAAAAAAUCAUUUUUGAAAGUUAUGAACUGUAUAUUUAAAAUGAAAGUAAAAUAAAGAAGUCAUAUUUUUAAAUUAAUUCUUACAGAGCAAAAAUAAAAAACAUUUAAAAAAAAAAAAGUUAAUAAAUGAAUUUUAAAAUGUGAAAUUAAAUGAUUUGAUAUUUUUCUACCAGAGUAAAGAAAUAAAUAAAAGAUUUAUUAUAAAAACUGGAUCAAAUUUUCUGUUCUGAAGGUCCAGUUCUGUCGGUCCGGUCCGGUCCGGUCUGAACUGAUGAUCGUUCUUCUGACUGCAGGACUCAAAGAUGAGGAUGACUCUGGACUCUGAGGAGGUACUCUUUCUCUCUUUCUCUGGUUCCAGUUUUUACCUGUUCGUCAGACAGGAACUUUAAAACCUGUUUUUAUUCAUGUUUCCUGUCUGUCAGUCCAUCAGGUGUACGGCGUCCACCUGCAGCUGCGUCUGUUUCAGACCUGGACGUGUCCAACUCAGGUCAUGUGAUCUCUGCGGACACAGCUGGGUGGCUCACGGUAAGAUGAAAACACCACUCUCCAUAUCAGGAAUCAUUUCUCAAGAUCGAUUCAGAAAUACCUAAAAAAAAACAAAAGGAUCUCAAAAACAAAAGGAUCUCAGUCUUGUCCACCUAAGAUCCCAGUCCUGACAGAGUUUCAAACAUUCAGAUGUCCACCUUGACAUAAAUGUCCCAGAACAUUUCCACUCGCCAUCGCCUCAUCAGGUUUCGUCUUCACUCUUGAGUCCAAAUCUGAAUUUUCUGUGUGUGUCAAUAAAGUUUAACGUCGAUGUUUCGCAGAUUUAAGACCAGCUGUCCUUCAAACACUUUGUCCCCGUCGUACAGGUGUCCACCAAAAACAACAGCAGGUACUAAAACCCUCCACAUCAGGACCAACUUCUGAGGAGGUUCAGGUUUUAGUCUGACAGCAACAAACACUCUGCAGAUGUUCUCAGUCACUGCGGUGACAUGAAGUCAGGUGUCGCUGUCAUCCCAUCACCAUGAGCAUCUGGAGAGAACAUCUGCAUUCACACACACACACACACACACACACACACACACACACACACAUUGUCAUCUGUGCUGUAAAGUUUGACAUUUUUUGUGUUUCUACUGGCAGCGACUUUAGUCCAAAUCAAACUGGGUUCAGGUCUCGGACGGGUCACUAACGGUCAGACAACUUUGUCUCGGGACAGUUCAAACUUUUCAAAACCAACCUCUAUCAGACUUUUCUCAAAGUUCUGGUCCAAAGAAGUCCCCCUUGAUCACUGGUCCGGCUUCAGAAGAAGACAGUAGGACAGGAACUUUUCACGGUUGUCCUUCUCUUCCAGCCAUGGAGAAGCUCCAGUUCCAGCCUCUCUCCAGCUGUGGCCCAGUCGAGGUGGCUCUUCCUGGGCUGGUGUUCGACCUGAGCUCCCUGGUCUUGUAUGGAGCUCAGGCCAUUCCUGUUCGAUUGAAGAUCCUGCUGGACCGUCUCUACAGUAUCCUGACCCCAGAGCAGGUUCUGGACCGACUCUAAAACUAGAGGAAUCAUGUUCGAGCUGAAUAAAACUUUUUUAGUUUAAUUGAAUGUGUUCACCAUGUUCCCUACAGGUUGGACACAUCCUGCACACUCUGGGCUGGAGUCUGGGGGACUAUGUUCGAGGGUACAAGCUCCAGGUAAGAACUUCUGCUGUGUGCUGUAGCGACUAAGUCUGUGGUGUCCUUAUUCACUUAUGAAGAAUGGUCUUUCAGAUGGUCUUGGUCUUUCAAAUACUCAGCUCCAAGUUCAUGAAACACAGUCCUCUGCUAACUCCUGGUCUCUCUGUAUGUCCGUCCAGUACCCAAGUGGAAAGGUGUUAGACCGCUGGUUGAUGGUGACCCCCGAAGAGGAGCUGCUCAUCCUCAAACAGUUCCUUCGCUUCGGUGAGACUCGCCCAAUCGUGGAAUUGAUGACGCUUCAGUGCCUAGCAGCUAAUCCGGACCUGAACCUCCGGUUUAAAACCACGAAAGGGCAGUCAGGUUCAACGACUGAUGUCUUCUGUUACAAGAAAAAAGGUCCUGCCGACCACAACAACGCCAUCCACCAUUUUGAAGACUCUCCAGGUGGACUCUCUUUGCUGUUGCCUUUCCACUUUCAAAACUCCACGUUCCACCUCCCCACAAAGGUACUCCAGGAAGGUUCCCCCUUAGUCCGAGAUCCUCCCUCUGACACCACUUACUUUCUCUCCAUGAUCACUCUCCACCUUCACUUCUCUUUUUCAGGAUCUUGUUCCUCCAUGUAAGGUCUCAUCCUUACCGAGGUCCAGCCAUGCCAAAUGGGUUGAAAGAAACCAGCAGGAGGGAGGAAGAGAGGGUUCACAGAACAGCCAGGAGGACUCAGCAGUGACGAUCAAAGCAGACCCUGACCGGCCGAACCUGUCCCAGUCAGUCAGGCACCAAAAACCCUGGUUCCACCACGAGCAGGAUCUUCAUCUUCACAGAAACAUCUCCUCACUCUCUCCUCCCUUUAACCCCUCACUCAUCUCUGUUUCUCCCCCGCUCACCUCCUCUCCCCUGAACAAUCCCCAGAGGCUGCAGCGAUCCUCUUCCCACUCCCCUAGUCCUCUUCCAUCCUUCACAUCCUCCUUCUUCUCCGCUCUUCCCACCACCUCUUUUUCCUCCUCCCUCUGCCCUCUCCCAUCUGCUCCUUCCUCACUUCAUCCUCUCCCCUCCUCCCUCUGCACCCUCCCUUCUCUUUCACCUGCAGGAGGUCGAAAAGGGAGGGUCUGCUGUGGUGUUUGCGGGAAGAGCUUCUAUGACAAAGGUAAGAACAUUAUAACAUCCCUGAUUUCAUUUUCAGUCCGAGUCCGAGGUCCAUGACAGACUUUUUAAACCUCAACUACUCAAGUAAUUUCAGGCCUUGCUGGAUCCAGCAGAUUUGUGACUCUGAAUCUAACUGAUUAUUUCUAUAACGCACACUUUCAUUUGUGCAGGUACUCUGAAGAUCCACUACAACGCCGUCCACCUCAAGAUCAAACACCGCUGCACCGUGGCGGGCUGCACCAUGGUGUUUAGCUCUCUGCGAAGUCGGAACAGACACAGCGCCAACCCGAACCCACGACUACACACCGGGAUCAUCAGAGAUGUCCACGCCAACAGAAACCCCAACGCUGGCCCGCACUCCGAGGUUCUGAUCCACAAAAAUGUUCGCAAAAACACACAGACACAACUCUACCGGGAAAAAGAGAUUCAGAACGCACUCUGGCAACAGGACGAAGAUGCACACACACUUUUACACAUCCACACCCUAAAAAAUGGGUUAAACCACCAAACACAUCCCCAACAAGACUGCUGGGAAACCACACCACCUCAAGCUGACUCCCCUCCCUCAGUUCCUCAACCUCUGUCCAAGACUCUGAAACCAAAUACCGACCAGAACUUCACCUGCAAAUUUGACCUGCAAACCGAGGCUCCACCUCCACCCCCAGUCUUCCCAGUUCAGAGUACCUCCUCUCCAGACUCACCUCCUUCUCUCAUCCAUGUGGUUUCUCAAGCUCCAGAGAAACCAAACUGCUACUCAAGUCUUCAACCCAACCACAAGUUACUGUCCUCCCUUCCUGACACCACCUCUGUCUCCUUUUCAAGCUACACCAGUCAACCCUGUGAGGAUGGCGGCCCAGAGCAAAAACAAGGCAAAGCUUGCACUGGUCCACUGACCAAUCAGCAGCAGCGAUGGGACACAUGUGACCCUUUGCCAAAGAAGAAGUCGAGGAAGUCAAGUAUGCCUGUGAAAAUAGCGAGAGAGAAGAUGGAAAACAAGGAUCAGGAGGGUUACUGAAGAUCCACGGUGGGUUGGUGGUCAGCAGAACAUUAUUUUAACUCUCAGUUUGUGAAGGAACUUUUCUUCUAACCCCCUUUAUGUCUGUAGAAAACUUGUUAAUAUUCUUUCAACUUGAUUUGAGAUUUUUAGAAGGAUGCUGAUUGUCCUAUCAUCUUCUCAUUGACUUCUCAUCGCAAUAAAACUCUGAGUAUGUUAAAAAACAAUCCAAUCUUGUGAAGGUAAAAGCAGCUAUCAUUCAACUUUUACAACUUUAGUCUAAGAAAGUUGUUUUAUAACUCUGAACGUCCAAAAAACCUCCUUAAAUAACCCGCUAGUCUCCAAAAGUGGACGGAUUUUAUAUCGUCCAGGUCCAUUUUUUGUGACAUGUAUAAUAUAAUAUAGCAUGCUGCUUUAGUGCAGGAGCUCCCCCUUGUGUUAAGUCUAUGUUUAUGCAAUAAACUGCUUCAAAACCUCAA